ACAAAUGUGUAGCAGUCCCUUUAUCCCUUGCUAGCUACACAGGCCACCGAGGGCCUCGUAUGGGCCAUGAGUGUGGAAGAUGGGGGUAUGCCAGGCCUAGCCCGUCCAAGACAGGCUCGCUGGACCCUGAUGCUUUUCCUGUCCACUGCCAUGUAUGGUGCCCAUGCACCAUUCUUAGCACUGUGCCAUGUGGAUGGCCGAGUGCCCUUCCGACCCUCCUCAGCUGUGUUACUUACUGAGCUGACCAAGCUACUAUUGUGCGCCUUCUCCCUCCUAGUAGGCUGGCAAACGUGGCCCCAGGGCACAGCACCCUGGCGCCAGGCCGCACCUUUUGCAUUGUCAGCCCUGCUCUAUGGCGCCAACAACAACCUGGUGAUCUAUCUGCAGCGUUACAUGGACCCCAGCACCUAUCAGGUGCUGAGCAAUCUCAAGAUUGGAAGCACAGCUCUGUUGUACUGCCUCUGUCUUGGGCAUCGCCUCUCUGCACGUCAGGGGUUGGCAUUGCUGCUGCUGAUGGCUGCAGGAGCCUGCUAUGCAUCCGGUGGCUUUCAGGAUCCUACGAACACCCUUCCUGGGCCCCCAUCAGCACCUGGCGCCCGUCCCAUGCCCUUGCAUAUCACUCCACUGGGACUUCUGCUCCUCAGCUUAUACUGCCUCAUCUCCGGCUUGUCAUCGGUGUACACAGAGCUGAUCAUGAAGCGACAGCGUUUGCCCUUGGCUCUCCAGAACCUCUUCCUCUACACAUUUGGAGUGAUUCUGAACCUUGGACUGUAUGCUAGCAGUGGCCCAGGUCCGGGCUUCCUAGAAGGUUUUUCUGGAUGGGCAGUGCUUGUGGUGCUGAACCAGGCUGUGAAUGGACUGCUCAUGUCAGCAGUCAUGAAGCAUGGCAGCAGCAUCACGCGCCUCUUCAUCGUGUCCUGCUCGUUGGUGGUCAACGCUGUGCUUUCAGCAGUGCUGCUACAGCUGCAGCUCACAGUUGUCUUUUUCCUGGCCACACUGCUCAUUGGCCUGGCUGUGUGCUUGUACUAUGGUAGCCCCUAAGUCCUUGACCACCUCCACUCUCACUUGUGGCUGUGUAGAUUAGAUGCAACCACUGGAGCCACCUGCCCUCUCCCUACCCCCACCCCCUCAGCAGUAACAAGUGCCUUGUAAGAAAAGCUAGGGUGGCCAGGUUAGGAUGUUCAGGUCGGGGAGAGUUACCCUGAGGAGACAUUAUAGAGAGUGCGCUUGAGUGCACCCCUGUACACCUUCAUAUUAAAGAAAAAGAUCUGGGCAGCCUGUCCUUGAGGAACCCCGCCUUGUCCUGCAUGAACAUGGCUGCUUCAAGUGAAGUUUUACUCUCCGUGCCUGCUGUGGUCAUCCCUGAAGACACCCUGCCCCGAAGCUUGGUGCUGGCUGCUCCGGCCCAGCAUGCCUUCCACAUAAGAGAUACCUAGUUUGCCCUCCACAGUACUGUUGCCCUUCCCAGCCGUUGUUCUGGAAAGGUCAGAAGGGGCUGGGGCUUGACUCAUCUCAGGGAACAUCGCCCGUAGGCCCUGACUUAAGCCUACACUCCUGAUCCCUGUGCUAACUUGAGAGCCCUGUGGAAGCCCGCUUCACCUCUAAGACACUUGGGAGGUGCUGUUCUUCCCACUCUUGCCCCUUCCUAGUGGUAUCCCAGCUUCCAGUAACUUGGAAGGGCUCUGCAGAGGUACAGAAAACAUAGAAAAUCAGUGUCUAACUCCUUAAGCAAUAAGGUCUUAAUAAAGUGUUCUAGGGUGUAGGGUGCCUCCUACAACCA